UCAAAUAAUGUGGACUAUUUGAGUUCAGGAAAGGUCAGUGACAUAGCAGAAGGUCGUCGUUAAAAUACAGUUUCCUGAAGCAAGAAGAGUUCUGCACAACAUGCUUGCUGUGGGAUAAAAUUAACGUUAAAUGGAAACAAGAAUGUUAUGUCGUGAAAGUAGGCAGAAGCUUUAAGAUAUCCGCGUUUGUGUUGGAGAAUUAAGAGAUAUUUCUGAAUGUAGGUAGGCUAUUCAUCAUCUCGCUGACUGAACUUUGGCAGGACCUUCAUUAGUUUCCCUCACGCUUUUCACGCGCACAUAGAACACAUUUUUCAGCUGGGAUUAAUGUAACGUUACAUGGUGAAAGUUUUCGUUUUUAUUCAUUAUUUAUAUAUUGUAGCCUACAGGUAAAUGUGCCAUGCCGUUUGAGGAGUUCAUCGCGGGGUGGAUUUCAGUUCCAUGUUGCAAACUUGUAAAUGAUUCACAUGCGGUUGAUCAUAUGGUGUUAGGUGCUGUUGGUUUAGUUGUCGGACACCCUUUGGACACAGUAAAGGUGCGCUUGCAGACCCAGUCUGUGUAUAAAGGGAUAUUUGAUUGUGUGGUCAAAACAUACACACAUGAAGGAGUCCAUGGAUUUUUUAAGGGCAUGUCAUUUCCUGUCCUCUCUGUUGCCCUUAGCAAUGCUGUGGUCUUUGGUUCCUACUGUAAUACCCUGGAUUACCUGACGCGGUCCAACCGCAGCGGCUCUGACCAAAACAAGCGCUCGCCGCUCACAGCGGUGUUCAUUGCUGGAUGCUUCUCAGGACUAGCACAGUUGUUUGUUACAGCUCCGAUAGACCUGGUCAAAGUGCGUCUGCAGAACCAAACGGUGGGCAGGCCAGGUGGGAGUAAAUACAGAAGCCCCAUGCAUUGUGUAGCUGUGAUCUUACGGGAGGACGGGGUGAGAGGGCUUUUCAGAGGAGCGUGGGCUCUGGCCCUACGAGACGUGCCUUGUUAUGGACUUUACUUUCUGCCGUACGAGCUCAUCUGCAGGAUGAUGACUGAGGAAGGGAAGCAGCCAGGCAAGGAUGCAGUGCUAUUGGCCGGUGGAGUUGCUGGUGUGGUCACAUGGGCCUGCGCUACACCCAUGGACGUGGUGAAGGCUCGCCUGCAGAUGUGUGGAGGUGGUGGUCGAGUGUAUGCUGGUGUUCUGCACUGCAUCACCGUGAGUGUGUGUGAAGAGGGCGUGCGAGUGCUCUUCAGAGGCCUUCUCCUGAACAGCGUCAGAGCGUUCCCUGUGAAUGCCGUGACCUUCCUCAGCUUUGACAUGCUAAUGAGAGCCAUGACUGACGACGACUCACACUGAGCUCUGCAGAGAUGGUGGAGUGAUACCUGUUAGCAUUUUAGCACUAGUUUCUGAAGUCAAUGGGUUUUUGGUUUAAUGCCAGAAUUAAGGUUUGUGGUGAACAUAACCCAGGAUAUUUAUUCUACAACAUAACAUCUCGUGAUGUAUUAAAGCCCGGCUAACAAGCGUCUAAAUGCCACUACAGAAAGUCAUGUGACCGUGGUUCAUUUUCAUUUACUUCUGGCGAUUGUGUUUAAGCUUAGUUGUGAUCAGUUAUGAUGAAUUACUAUCUAUCAUAACGGACAAAAUGUGCAAUAUCAUAAACUUUUGUUGGUCACAGAGCUUUUUUCGGCAAUAAUCCAAAAGCCAGUGGAAAAAUCCCAUUGGGUUUUAGGAUUCGGAAACGGAUACAAAAA